AUGUUGGUUCUUGCAAUGUUUGCUUCAUCGGUUGCGAUUAUUGUUGAGGGUGCUGAGGUGAAGGGUAUGUCCCCAUGUAGUUUUCCUGCAAUCUUCAACUUUGGAGAUUCAAAUUCAGACACUGGCGCUUACUCAGCAGCACUUGGAGCUUCAAGAUUACCAGAUGGUAAAACUUUCUUUGGAAAGCCAGCAGGAAGAGCUUCUGAUGGGCGUCUCAUUAUUGAUUUCAUGGCUGAGCAAUUGGGACUACCAUAUUUGAGUUCAUACUUGAAUUCACUUGGAACAAAUUAUAGCCAUGGUGUCAAUUUUGCAGUUGGAGGUGCAACUAUUAGGCGCAUGAAUGAUCACCCUAUCCCCUUUUAUCUCGGCAUCCAAACCACACAAUAUGAUCAGUUCAAGGCUCGAGUCACUAAUCUUUACAACCAAGGCAAGAACACGAGCAGACUUCCGAGAAUUGAACACUUCUCAAAGGCUCUUUACACCAUUGACAUUGGACAGAAUGACGCUGUUAGGGCAAUGUUUCUUCACAAUCCCCAAGAACAAAUACCGGAUAUGCUUAAUCAAUUUGCUCAAGCAGUUCGUCAUUUGUAUAGACAAGGGGGAAGGGCAUUUUGGAUACAUAAUAUGGGCCCAAUUGGUUGCUUGCCAAUAAACCAAAAUUUUAUCAAUCGAACGGAGGAAUCUUUUGAUCAGAACGGUUGCACCAAUAGGUGGAAUGCAAUGACCCUAGAGUAUAAUAAGCAGCUCAAGGACAAAGUAAUCAAAUUGAGGAGGGAGCUCCCACAGGCUGCGAUAACAUAUGUGGAUGUUUAUACAGUGAAAUAUGGACUAAUCCGCAAUGCAAAGAACCUUGAACAGGAGGCCACACUAAAGUGGUUCGAACAGGAAAGAACUGAGAUUGCUCAGAAAGCUAGAAAAGCCAAAGGUCCUGAGGGACUGACUGUGUUGCGGAUACAGGAAUCCCUACAAUGGAACCGGACAGUUGUUUGUAGGUUGCCGAGGGAAUGUGGUGGGAAGAUGAAGAUUUGCAUCUCGCCCGCACGGAUGAGGAUUGGGGACAAAAUCUACCAAAUGAUACAUGAACAGGAGGCCACACUAAAGUGGUUCGAACAGGAAAGAACUGAGAUUGCUCAGAAAGCUAGAAAAGCCAAAGGUCCUGAGGGACUGACUGUGUUGCGGAUACAGGAAUCCCUACAAUGGAACCGGACAGUUGUUUGUAGGUUGCCGAGGGAAUGUGGUGGGAAGAUGAAGAUUUGCAUCUCGCCCACACGGAUGAGGAUUGGGGACAAAAUCUACCAAAUGAUACAUGUUUUAGAAGAGCAGACUGACCUACCAGCUGAGGCUGAACAGUGCAUAGAGGAUGAGUCCGAUGGCACAGAACUCGAAAUAGGAGCAGCGCUGUCUUGUCUCCUCUCAGAUCCUUAG